GGAGCGGGCGGCGCGGCUGCGGCGGCAGGCGGGGGAGCGCUGCUCACCGCUCCGCCUCCGACCGCCGCCCGCUGCGGGGAUGUGUGAUUGCCAUGGCGAGGCGGCUCUUCCCGGGGGCCUGGCUGAGGAAGCCCCAUUCCGCGCAGGUCCGUCUGUCGUACGUGCGGAUCAAAUAUCUCUUCAUCUCCUGGCUGGUGGUGUUUGUUGGCAGCUGGAUUAUGUAUGUUCAGUACUCCACCUACACAGAACUCUGCAGAGGCCAUGACUGCAGGAAAAUAAUAUGUGACAAAUACAAGACUGGUGUUAUUGAUGGAUCAGCAUGUAGUAGUCUUUGUGCUAAAGAAACAUUGUAUUUUGGAAAAUGUUUGUCAACAAAGCCCAAUAACCAGAUCUAUUUAGGAAUCUGGGGAAAUCUGCAAAGUGUUAUAAAAUGCCAGAUGGAGGAAGCUGCUCAACUUGAUUUUGGUACUGACCCAGAACCAAGGAAAGAAAUAGUCCUAUUUGAUAAACCAACAAGAGGAACCACUGUUGAGAAAUUCAAAGAAAUGGUAUAUGGUCUUUUUAAAGUGGCGACAGACAAGGUUGCAGGCAAGCUGAGCUCCACUCUCUCAUGGGUGAAGAACACGGUGUCGCACACCGUCAGUCAAAUGGCCAGCCAGGUGGCGAGUCCAUCUGCCUCCCUCCACACCACAUCCCCCUCCACCACCCUGUCCACACCCGCCCUCUCACCAUCCUCGCCGACACAGCUCAGCCCCGACGACUUGGAAUUACUGGCUAAACUUGAGGAGCAGAACAGACUCUUGGAAACAGAUAGCAAAUCGUUACGAUCAGUAAAUGGGUCAAGAAGAAAUAGUGGAUCUUCCCUUGUAUCUAGUUCAUCAGCUUCUAGCAAUCUCAGCCAUCUUGAAGAAGACUCGUGGAUCCUGUGGGGGCGGAUUGUGAAUGAAUGGGAAGAUGUACGGAAAAAGAAAGAAAAGCAAGUUAAGGAGCUGGUUCGAAAAGGGAUACCUCAUCACUUCAGAGCAAUUGUUUGGCAACUUUUAUGCAGUGCUCAAAGCAUGCCAAUUAAGGAUCAGUAUUCAGAGCUUUUAAAAAUGACAUCUCCUUGUGAAAAAUUAAUAAGAAGGGACAUUGCUAGAACAUACCCUGAGCAUGAUUUUUUCAAAGAAAAAGAUAGCCUUGGACAGGAGGUCUUGUUCAACGUAAUGAAGGCUUACUCUUUGGUGGAUCGUGAGGUUGGAUACUGUCAAGGAAGCGCUUUUAUAGUUGGAUUACUGCUUAUGCAGAUGCCAGAAGAAGAGGCAUUCUGUGUGUUUGUUAAAUUAAUGCAAGAUUACAGACUACGAGAACUCUUUAAACCAAGCAUGGCUGAACUGGGCCUUUGUAUGUACCAGUUUGAAUGCAUGAUACAGGAACAUCUUCCAGAGCUUUAUGUGCACUUUCAGUCUCAAAGUUUUCACACUUCUAUGUAUGCAUCGUCAUGGUUUUUAACUAUAUUCCUUACAACUUUUCCACUACCAAUUGCAACGAGAAUAUUUGAUAUCUUUAUGUCUGAGGGUUUAGAGAUAGUAUUUAGAGUAGGUUUAGCAUUACUUCAGAUGAACCAGGCAGAAUUACUGCAACUUGACAUGGAAGGAAUGUUACAGCACUUUCAAAAGGUCAUUCCACAUCAGUUUGACAGUGGUCCAGACAAAUUAAUCCAAGCAUCUUACCAAGUCAAAUACAAUGCAAAAAAGAUGAAAAAGCUAGAAAAGGAGUACACUACAAUAAAGACAAAAGAAAUGGAAGAACAAGUUGAAAUUAAAAGGUUACGAACUGAAAAUAGACUCCUGAAACAGCGCAUUGAAACACUAGAAAAAGAAAGUGCUUCCUUGGCAGAUAGAUUGAUACAGGGACAAGUGACAAGGGCCCAGGAGGCUGAGGAAAACUACCUCAUAAAACGGGAGCUGGCCACCAUCAAACAGCAGAGUGAUGAGGCCAAUACUAAACUGGAGCAAGCUGAGAAUACCAUCAGGGAGCUCCAGCAACAGCAGCAAUGGCAUAAAUGCAGUUCACGAUACAGUGAAGACUUUGUGCUACAGCUGGAAAAAGAGCUGGUCCAAGCCAGGCUGAGUGAAGCAGAAUCCCAUUGUGCCCUGAAGGAGAUGCAAGAUAAAGUUCUAGAGAUGGAAAAGAGGAACAGUUCCCUUCCUGAUGAGGAAAAUGUUGCCAGACUACAAGAAGAACUGAUUGCAGUAAAAUUAAGAGAAGCAGAAUCUUUGAUGGGUCUCAAAGAACUAAGACAGCAAGUCAAAGAUUUGGAGGAACACUGGCAGCGUCACCUAGCUCGUACCACUGGAAGAUGGAAAGAUCCUCCCAAAAAAAAUGCAGUGAAUGAGCUCCAGGAUGAGCUGAUGACAGUGCGCUUGAGAGAAGCAGAAACCCAGGCUGAGCUGAAAGAGACCAAGCAAAGAAUGAUGGAGUGAGACACAGAGAACCAGAUCAAUAGCAAUCACUUACGAAGGGCAGAGCAGGAGGUCACCAACCUACAGGAGAAGGUGCAGUAUCUUUCUGCACAGAACAAAGGACUCCUGGCUCAGUUGAAUGAAGCAAAACGUAGACAAGCAGAGAUUGAAUGCAAGAGUAAAGAAGAGGUGAUGGCAGUACGGCUCCGUGAGGCAGAGCGCAUCGCAGCUGUGGCAGAGCUCCAGCAGCACAUCGCUGAGUUAGAAAUCCAGAAAGAAGAAGGAAAAAUUCAAGGGCAGCUUAAUAAAUCUGAUUCUAACCAGUACAUCAGAGAGCUGAAAGAUCAGAUAGCUGAGCUGCAUCAUGAGAUCAAAUGUCUAAAAGGCCAGAGAAGCUUCUCAGACCAACCCACUUUUGAUGGGAUUCACAUUGUCAACCAUUUCACCGGAGAUGAUGAAUCAUUUCAUUCUUCUGAUGAAGAUUUUCUAACUAACUCCAUACAGGAGAGUGGGGUGAACUUUCAUCUUCCCAGGAGGACUGGUCAGAUGUCUUUGGAUCACACACUUGUAGACAGCAGUGACAGUGAUACUGAGGAAAGUGCCCUUCAGACUGGGAAUUCAGACAAGAUGGUUUCCAAGCAGAGAAGAACAGAAUCUUACUCUACUACUGUGUGAUUAUCACUGUGACUAGCACUGAAGACUUCCAUAUUUCUUUAAGGCUGAAAGUUUGAGGGAACUGAAACCAUCCAGCAGUUGGUUUAAGUAACUAUUGGAUUGGUCUGGCCUGUGAUAAAUAUAUACAAGUACUGUCUAUCUGCCUUCUCUCUUUGCCAAAUCUUGCUGAUGACAUACCAUUGCCAUAAAACAGGCUGGGAAGAAGUUGAUGGAUGACAGUUUUGACAGUAUUACUGAAUGUUCUUUGGUUUAGAAACUGCAAAUAUAUAAUUUCUUUAAUGUGUAAGAAGCAGUUUUGCUGUUCACAAACACAGGAAUUAUUUUCCUCAAAAGAAAUUGCUUUUGUGCAAUAUUUUAUGCUCUGAACAAAUGUGUAUGUUUUACAUUGUUAUCCUUUUGUGAUCAAGAUGGACCCUAGUAAACCAUCUGAUCAUGACACACACAUAUAUAUAUAAUUAUCUUAUGCUUCUCAAUUAGUUUUGGUUUUUUACUAAAGUUAUUGGAUGCCCACAGAAGGCUUGAAAGGCAAGCCUUUAUCUGUACUACUUCAUAUAUGCAAAUAAUGGUCACUAAUGUCAUAAAGGUGUUUUUCACCAUUUUCACUUAAAUCUAUGUGCAUCUGCUUUUGAUGUUGCUAAAUAAUAAAUGGUCUGAAUAUGUUAAUUACAAUAAUGUUUAUUUUGUACAUAUUUAUGUAUCUACACCAAGCUGAAACUGUACAUUACUCCAUUUUAUAUGAGGAAUGUAAAUGUUGCGAUAUUACUGUCUCUGGUAUUCUAACAGGAAAAUGAAUUCUGUAUAUACACACUAAAAGUGAAUUACUAAAUAAAGGCAAAACACUAACUUUGCAUUAAGUUUCAGCCUAGCUACACUAACAGGCUCAUGUCAGAAAUGCUUGUUCAAAACACUAUUGACUGAAAUCUUUUACCUUCAUGUAUAUGUAAUGAAAAUAAAUUUUUCAUGAUUUAACAAGGUUGCAGCAUUUACUGUUUAGUCCCGUCCACUUGGUUACCACAUAGUUACUUGCAUAGGCUCUAGCUAGGUUCAAAUAAGGUGAAGAAUUAUUCAUGUCUUAGUUUUAAUAAAUACACAGAGCAGUGCACAUAGGUUCAGUCCUCUUAGAGUUUAUAUUACAGAGCUAUUUAGGAAAUAAACAAUUGGUGCCACCACCAAAUAGCUGUGAUUGAGCAGAGCAGUAAGAGCUGAGCAAUCUGCUUCCAGGCUCCGGAAAACUGAGAUCUGGUCAAACAGCCUGAGCUUCUCGAACAGAACAAGAUAUCCUACUGUUGUCAUAUGAACAUUUAUGUGCACUUGCAGACACAUUCUAGAGUCAAGAAUGUUCUGUUAUUGCCAUCUUAUGUAAUGAGGCAAUCUUUAAGACUUCUUUUAGAAAUGUUUACAACUGUUCUAUUAAAUAAAAAGUAGUGAUGCAGAAGUUUGGUACUGAUAAGCAGUGUGUAUGUUAACUGGCUUGCUACCUACAAGAAGCAGUGUAGUUGUUUAAAAUUGCAAAAAAAGUGUGGAAGUGUUCUGCUGAAUGUAUCUGCUGGUCCCAUUAGGCAUUUCCCUUUAUUUUGAAUGUGUUUUAAGAAAGAAACAGCACGAUUAGGAGAUAACAAAUGCUCAAAGAAUGAUAAGGACUGUAUGGAAACAGCAUAUUAUGGGCAUCUCAACAAUAUUUAUAACUAUCUGCCUAGGUGCAAUCUAAUUUAAAUCUUUAAGCAUGUAGGUGACAAAUUCCCAAUUACUGAUUUCUGCAGCUCCUAACUUGUUUCAGUAUUUCUGCCAAAUUUCCACAUAUCAUACCAGUGGAUAUGUACCUCCAAGUACAGCCUGUGGAAAUUGCCACCUCUGACUUGGAUUAGCUGAGUGAUUCUUAUUCCUGUUGAAAAUGUCAUGUAUGCAAAGCCAAAUCAGGAGCACUCUGUUCACAAAUGAGUAACAGUUGUCUUUUUUCCUUCCAAUGAGCAUCUGCUAACUGAUGUUUGCACCUGGAUCAUUGUUGCCCAAGAGGAUAGGUGACAAAUGUCUUGUUGCCUGUCAUCAGUACCAGCUGCAAGCCUCUCUUAAAGGUAAUGUUCUGUAAUAAGUGGCAGGAGUAAAAUUCAGUUGGAGGGCCAUAAAAACUCUGUCUGUUUGAAUAGUGAAGUGUUAUGAUUUUGCAAUAACUGCCUUACGGUUCAAGUGAUAGCAAAUGAGAUUAGAUGGCAAGGGUUAUUUCCUGAACUUUUGUGGUUUUAAAUAUACAAAUAGAAUAAAUACUGAUACUGAAUAAUUGCAUAAAUAAAAAUCUGCAGAAGUCCUUAUCCAACUGACUACAUCUCUUCUAGUGAUAAAAGUGAAUCACUGAACACGCUGCAGUUUCAGACUUGGUUAUACACAGACUAUCCUAGAAAGGCAGCCCAGGAUAGGUUCUUCAGAAUCAUUCUGCUUUUUCUCCAAGUCUUCUGGCAGACAAAUGACACUAAUCUCUUUGCCUAUGUAUAUUACAAUUUGAAUAUACAUCAGAAUAAUGACAAAUCAUUACCAUAAUAGACAAUAUAUAUAAUGACGUGUCAACAAAUAAAACAUGCUAAUUAUCCUACACA